AUGGACAAACCGGUGCCUGUGCUUCGCCUGCCGAGAGGACCCGACCCUCAUAGCCGUGGCUUCGACCCCAAUUCCCCUCGUUAUAUUGAUCUGUGUAGCACAUCCAUCACUUCUUCCUCAGCGUCGUCGGGCGCAUGCGCGAACCCCGAGGAGCUCAAACGGGAGCAGCAAGUGCGCGCGGAAUUGCGAGAACGUUUCCUCAGGUGUGUUCUGGCCACGCGCGACAAGAAAGUGAGCAUCUGCAUGCACGGCGACGUGACCGUGGACGCCACGUUCGGCGGCUGCGACAUUGACGUGCUCAACCUGCAGGUGUCUGAUCUGCACACUCCCAUCGGGGUGCAGAAAGAGGCGCUCAUCAGAUGCCAGGACAUCAUUUCAUACUCGUUUGAUUUAUGA